ACCUGGUCCGCAAAAACGCGCUGAAACCUAUAGGGCUUUGCAAGAAUUAGUUAAGCAAGGAAAAGUUAAAAGUAUUGGGGUCUCAAAUUAUGGAGUUAAACAUUUGAAGGAGUUAAUGGAUAGCAAUCCUGAGAUUAUGCCUGCGGUCAAUCAGAUCGAGGGCCUUCAAAAUAAUUUUGUCGUGUUACCAAAGAGCACAAAUGAAGGUCAUAUAAUUUAUAAUACCGAGGUAUACGAUUUUGUAAUUGAAGAAGGGGAUAUGAAAACUCUUAAUUGUUUGGAUGAACGCUUUGUUGCUGGAG